AUGUUCGCCGCUCAGCAGAGCACCCCCAGCAUCCAGCAACAGUUGCUCGACCUGCUCGCAAGACAGCAGGAAACCCCCGCUCCUGCCCCCCGCACCUACUCCCUCCUCGGACGGCCCCGAUUUAUUUCGUCGACCAGACAAACUGACCCUUUCGUAAUCACACGACACCUCCUCGCCCUCGAAGAACACCUCGCCAGGGGCAAGGAUACGAUGAAGGAUAUCUUCUACGAGCGCUGGGUCAUUGAGGAGUGCAACCAUUCUAUCUCACAGGUCGGUCAAUGGCUGGAGUGGUCUCGGGAAGUGGGAAAGACGACCGUGUCCUUUGGGCAGUGGAGUCGGGCUUUCAAGAAAAAGGUCUUGGCUAGGGACUGGGUAGAUCAGGCGAGACACGCAAUCGUCCAGAAGCGGAUGGAGGGGAAGUCGGGCCAGAAUUUCGACACCUUUGCAAACCUCGUCCGCGAUUAUCAGCACCUCCUUCGCGACUCGGACGAGCCUCUCGCCGAGAUGGAGGUCAAGAGGAUUCUGGCGGCGGGACUGGACUCUCCCUACCUUCUCAGGGAGCGCGAUGCCCCUCUCUAUGAUAUUGAGUUAAUGUCCGAGACAGUCGACAACUGCGCCAACCAAGCUAUCUAUCAAAGCCAAUAUACUGCCCCGCGCCCUUCCUCUCGCCCAGCACCGAGACCCGCCCCAGCCUCUCCUGCUCGCCCUGCCCAGCUCAACGCCAUCUCAGUCAUGCCCAGUGCGCCGUCCGCGGCAGAAGUACACGCUUGGCUUGACCACACCGUCCGCUUGCCGCCUGGGGUUGAUGGUACCCGCGCCAGAGACUAUCUCAGGCAGCGAGGUCUUUGUUUCCGCUGUCGCCAGCAUGGGCACAUCUCCUUUGGCUGCCCCACCACUCUCCAGCAAGUUGCAUCGCUGUCCCCUGCCCCAGUUCACACCGCCGUCCCGGUUCAGGCUCUCGCCAAUGCUCCUGCUCCUGCCUCGUUGCCGUCUACCCCUAGCUCCACCAAUGGGUCAGUCCCUCUUCUUCAUGUCCAAGCUCGCCUCAGUGCUGAUGGUCCAUCAUACCAGUCACUAGUCGAUUCUGGUGCGGCCGUCAACGUCGUGGACAAGACGUUGGUGGAGGAGCUUGGGUUGGAAGUGAGGGAAAUGCCGCCUAUUGUGACUAGAAUGGCCAAUAGCACGUUUCAAAUAUAG